CACCUAAAAACCUCGGAAUAUUGUAAGGGAAGUUGAAGAAGGAAUCAUUACUAUUUGAAAGGGCAAAGGCGGGCCAGUGCGGCAUGCCGGGAUUUGUAGUCCUUUCGUAAUAAGUGUACAGCGAGGCUGCGCAGGAGGCGGGCACUCUUUGGUGCGCACGCGCGCGGUGGCGGCGGCGGCAGGACUGAUUGCUGUAAGACGGCGGGGGUGUGGCGUCGUCGUCGUCCGGAAACUCGGCAUGGCGGUCCCCGCUGCGGCUUUGGGGGCCUCAGCAUUGGGCCAGAGUGGUCCCGGCUCUAUGGCCCCCUGGUGCUCAGUGACCAGCGGCCCGUCGCGCUACGUGCUAGGGAUGCAGGAGCUUUUCCGGGGCCACAGCAAGACCCGCGAGUUCCCGGCGCACAGCGCCAAAGUGCACUCGGUGGCUUGGAGCUGCGACGGGCGCCGCCUGGCUUCUGGCUCCUUCGACAAGACGGCGAGCGUCUUCUUGCUGGAGAAGGACCGGUUGGUCAAAGAAAACAAUUAUCGGGGACAUGGGGAUAGUGUGGACCAGCUUUGUUGGCAUCCGAGUAAUCCUGACCUCUUUGUCACUGCGUCUGGAGACAAAACCAUUCGCAUCUGGGAUGUGAGGACUACAAAAUGCAUUGCCACUGUGAACACGAAAGGGGAGAACAUUAAUAUCUGCUGGAGUCCCGAUGGGCAGACCAUUGCUGUAGGCAACAAGGAUGAUGUGGUGACCUUCAUUGAUGCCAAGACACACCGUUCCAAAGCAGAAGAGCAGUUCAAAUUUGAGGUCAAUGAAAUCUCCUGGAAUAAUGACAAUAACAUGUUCUUCCUGACAAAUGGCAAUGGAUGUAUUAACAUCCUCAGUUACCCAGAGCUGAAGCCCGUGCAGUCCAUCAACGCCCAUCCUUCCAACUGCAUCUGCAUCAAGUUUGACCCCAUGGGGAAGUACUUUGCCACAGGAAGUGCAGAUGCUUUGGUUAGCCUUUGGGAUGUGGACGAGUUAGUGUGUGUGCGGUGCUUUUCCAGGCUGGAUUGGCCUGUGAGGACCCUCAGUUUCAGCCAUGAUGGGAAGAUGCUGGCGUCAGCAUCGGAAGAUCAUUUUAUUGACAUUGCUGAAGUAGAGACGGGAGACAAGCUGUGGGAGGUGCAGUGUGAGUCCCCGACCUUCACCGUGGCUUGGCACCCCAAAAGGCCUCUGCUGGCCUUUGCCUGUGAUGACAAAGAUGGCAAAUAUGACAGCAGUCGGGAAGCAGGAACUGUGAAGCUGUUUGGCCUUCCUAAUGAUUCAUAGGAGGACAUGGGAGAGGGAGAGGAGGCCCUGGCAGAGGCCUUCCUGUGUGUAGUGAGUUUGGCCUGUUCUCUUGUAGUAAAUGGGCAUCUUAAGUGUUUGUAAAUUGAUGUAAAUUAUAAAAGUCUUUUCUCAGGCUGCCCUUUCCAAUUGCCGUCCUGUUUAUGAUGUUAGGAGUCUGCUUGCAUUCUUCUCCCACCCAUCCAGUUUGAGAAUGGUGGCAUAAAGUUACAGCUGGCUGAUUGACCUCUGCCACCCUAUCUUGUGUGGCCUUUGGUUGUUCAAGGACCUCCUUACUUAAAUCCUAUCCCAGGGCAUUGAGAGAGUAGUUCUCCUCUCAGCUUUUGUUAAUACCCCUCAUCUCCUUGGGAGUCUGUGGUCUACGUCCAGGCUUGUCCAUGCUGCGGGUGGUUCCCUGGCCACAUGAGAGCUCUGGAGUGUGGGUUAAUGCUUGGAGCACACCUAGGUCUCUGAGGACCUCCAAUCUUCCCUGCUCCUGGGUGAAUGGGGACUUUGUUGGUCUUGGUGUUGCUUGGAUAAUAUGUUUGGAGGGGUGGGCAAGGAAGGGUGAGAUGGGAAUAGAGAUUUUUAUAACUAAAAUAGAAAAAUAUGUAUAGUUUUGAGAAUUGAGCAUUUAAUAAAACUAAGUUUUUUAUUAGGGGACUUUUAAGCUUUUUUUUAAUAAUUAUUUGUUAUA